GAAGGCGGACCGCUGAACAAUAAAUAAACUAAGAAAUUCCGAUAUAUCAAUAUCGAUGUUUUCGACGAAAUUAUGCUGCAUUAAGGGAUUUUCCAGCAAUCCUCUUCUCUUUCUGAAGUCUUUUAAGCGUGUUCUACCCUCCUUGUCUCAUGGUCACUGCACAGUCACUAAUACACUUGAAGCACAGUGUAAAUCUAAACCUCAGAAGCAGGUUUGUAAGACUGUACUGAAGCAUUUUGAUGCACAGUACAGUGAAGAGCUCGGAGAGCAGUGGCGCAGUGCAAGGUGGGAUGUGCUUCUGAAUCCGCUCUCAUGGCAGUACGGUGUACUGCUUAAUCGCUUCUGUGACCUUACAAACCUCAAGCAGUGCCUCACAGAGCUUGGAUACACAACCCUCCUUCCACAGACGCAUCCUGAAUCUCAUUCCCAAACGGCACCCACCCCCCUGCAGUGUUUUAUUCACCGAGAUCCAGUGCGAAUUCCUACCCAAAACCACCACCCUGGCUGGUUAAAACAGUACUACCUCCUAAACGCAGCCUCUCUUCUCCCAGUACUGAGUUUGAAUGUGAAGGAAGGGGAGCAUGUGCUUGAUCUUUGUGCAGCUCCUGGGGGGAAAAGUCUGGCAGUAUUACAGACAGCCACUCCUGGGCUCCUGCACUGUAAUGAAGUGGAUCAGCACAGACAUGAUUGGCUACUAAAGACUCUCGAAUCAUAUGUUCCUCCUACACUACGACAUCUCCUUUCAGUGACUCACCUGGACGGCCGGAGCAUUGGGAGCAUGCGGCCAGCGGCUUACGACAAGGUGCUUGUAGAUGCCCCGUGCUCUAAUGACCGGAGUUGGCUUUAUACCCCUGAUACUCACCAAGGGGAAAUGUGGCUGAAGGAGAGAACUCAGCUACCACUCUUACAGAAGGAGCUGCUUUGUUCGGCCCUAGCAGCAGUGUGUCCUGGAGGAGUGGUUGUCUACUCCACAUGCACCAUGUCACAAGCUGAGAACCAAUCAGUUGUGGAGGCGGUGCUUGCAUCUUAUCAAGGAGUGGAGCUUUUGGAACUGGAGCAACACUUAAUUGACUCUCUGUCUGAUCAUUUCUGCUUUGCUCACUUUCAUCCUUCAGUGGGACAGUUAGUGAUCCCACAAAAGGGUAAAACUUGGGGACCUAUGUAUGUUUCUCGAUUACGAAGAAUAUAUUAAAAAUUUAAAAACAUCAUGCCAUGGUGCAGUAUUAGUACUUUAAACACAUCAGAGCUGGGGAGCUCAGAUGAUUGAUUCAGGUUUGAGUCAUAACUAUCUAUCCUGGCCUUCUUCAUUAAACUUUCCAAUCC